AUGAAUCCACCGAAUCGUGUGUGUGCGUGCGUGUGUGCCAACGCAACCAAGUCCCCUUCAACCUCUCCUCCACCUACUUCUUCCACUAAUUGCUUCCACUACGGAAAACGGAAAACACAAUACCGGCACUUUAUCACGCUUAUCAGCAAACAACGUAAGCCGCAACGUAAUGACUAAUCGGCUGUUACCCGCUUUUUUGAACUGCUCAACCACCUGUAGCUGUACGGCUUACAUUCCCGACUUUCCGGCGAUGGCGUAAUUGUUUUGAUAAUGCAAACAAUGAGCGCUUGUCCAUUUUUAGCUGGGCGACAUUGAAGAGAAAUUAAAAGUAAAUAAAAGGGGGAAGGUCGCUGAGUAUCGGCGUUUAAUAAUUAAUUUGUUAGCCAAUUUUGGCAAAUCGAGCUUGGCCGUGCACAGCAUGUUUUAUGCUUUAGCCAAAUAUGGCCGGGUUUUCCUUUUAGUUUUUCAAAGUGUUGCCUUUUUCAGCGCACAGAGAAUUGAAAAAAAAAAUUGAAAAAAAACACUAAUACCAUUUAGCGGUCUUAUCGGACGCUCUCUUUCUGCCACCCGCACAGCAGCAGACGAAUGAGAGGGAGAGCAACAGGUGGUCGGCGAGUACCGUUAGACAUUCCAGCAAUUGCGUAACUAAUUAAACAAUUGCCUGCAAUUAAGUAAACAUAUUUGCCCAAAUUAAUAAAAUACUUUUAAAUGCGGAAUGGGAAAAUACAAGACGAAACUUUUAGAAUUCUACAGGCUUGAAAUGAUUUUCAGGUAUAAAAAUAUUUUCAAGAACAAUAAAUCAAAAUUUACGCACCAUUAUCUUCUUUUAAACAACAUUAUUAGCCAAAUCGAUUUUAAGAAAUCUGCUUAGUGAAAGGUGAGAGAAACAAGUGGUAUGAACAAAGUGGGUCAAGAUUUACAACAGCUAAAAAUCUUUACCUAGGGCCAAAAGAAAACACGACGGCCGAAUAAAGACCCUGAGGCCAGCCAAGGGUUAAGGCACAACUAGAAAAUCGCGAAAAGACGAAGACGCCGACGUAAUCGCUUUGCAAUGCGAAAAUAAAACCACUAACAAAUUGGAGCAAUCGUGAAAAGAACCUAACCAAACUUUGGAGUCCCCUUUCGCGGAACAACAACAACUAGGUGGCUUCUUCGCUUGAUUAUAUAGAAAUAGUGAUAUAGAAAGCUGAUUAGUAAGGAAUUUGCAACCAACUUCAUGUCUCAACCAU